GAAGUUUGGGAGGUGUUUAUCCACUAUUGUAGCCAUGGCGUCUUUCUUGGAGGCAGAAUUGUGAAUGAGAGACGCACGGUUAAGAAGUGAAUGAACACGACUUGUAUUUCAUGUGCACAUGAAUCCGAUUUAUGAAUGGGCAUCUUGACAAGCACAGCGCGCUUCAUAAAUUCCCAUGAUCGACCAAAGAGACGCUGGAUUACAAAUGUCCCUCCGCUUGUCAAGCGGGAUUGUAUGUCUAAAAACGAGUCUGAAUCGCCGCAUGUUUAUUUGACACGGUACUAUUUUCCUUUGAUUCACGAUUUAAUAACUGCUUUCCAUUUUAUCAACUCGAAAUCCUUUUAUGGCAGCUGUAAAAGCGCACAACUGAACUGGAGCACGACCCGCAGCAGCUCGGUGUCUGGAUGCGCCCGUUGCGCGGAAGAUACCCGUGGCACGGAGGACUGGACCCCUCACUGCUGCCCUGUAAUGAUGAAUUGAGGAUGGUGGAGGGAACGGACGCCCCUCUGAGAAACAUUUCGACAGGAAAUCGGGACAGCAAGUACAUCUCUUUCCCCUGGGUGGUGACUUUACUCUCCAGUGUUCUGAUCACUACGAUUAUAGUAGAUGUUCUGGGCAACCUGUUGGUCAUUGUAUCAGUCUUCAGAAACAGAAAGCUCAGGAAGGCAGGCAAUGCAUUUGUGGUGAGUUUGGCAAUAGCAGACCUGGUAGUAGCCAUCUACCCCUACCCACUCGUCCUAACGGCCAUCUUCCAUGACCGCUGGAUCGCUGGCGACAUUCACUGCCAAAUCAGUGGCUUCCUCAUGGGGCUCAGCGUGAUCGGCUCUAUUUUCAACAUCACAGGUAUCGCCAUCAACCGCUACUGCUAUAUCUGCCACAGCCUUAAGUACGACAAGCUCUUCUCCAACAAGAAUACAGUAUGCUAUGUGGUGCUGGUCUGGGCACUGACUGUCCUGGCAAUCGUCCCCAAUUGGUUUGUGGAGUCUCUGCAGUACGACCCACGCGUCUACUCGUGCACCUUCGCCCAGUCAGUGAGCUCGCUUUACACCAUUACGGUGGUGGUGGUACACUUCAUUCUGCCCAUCGGCAUCGUCACAUACUGCUACCUGCGCAUCUGGAUCCUCGUCAUACAGGUCCGCAGACGGGUCAAGCCCGACAGUCGGCCCAAGAUCAAGCCUCAUGACUUCCGGAACUUUCUCACCAUGUUUGUGGUGUUUGUGCUGUUCGCUGUCUGCUGGGCUCCGUUGAACCUUAUAGGCCUGGCGGUUGCUAUCCACCCUAGACUAGGUCAAGAUAUACCAGAAUGGCUCUUCACAGCCAGCUACUUCAUGGCAUACUUCAACAGCUGCCUAAAUGGUGUUAUAUAUGGAGUGCUAAACCACAACUUUCGAAAAGAGUAUAAAAGGAUUGUACUUGCUAUUUUCAAGUUCAAUUGUUGAGUUAUGCACAAUGAAAAAAGCACUGUGUCAUUCU